GAAAUGGUCUUUAUCCCAUGAAAAAAUUACAUAGCAUCCAUUUCUCCAUUUCUACCCAUAUCUGCCAUCUAUAGAACUAUUAUUUACAUGAUUUCUAGUAUCUACCUUUUUGCUCCCAUUUAAGAUUCCUUUUCCCCCCAAAGAUUAUAUUAUAUUUUAUGUAGUAAUCCGGUCCUCGAAUUUGCGACAACUCUCGGCGCCUAUCCCCGUCAUACCUUGGUUGGUUAUCUUUGCGAGAUUGAUACAUUCCGGACAAAGGCCAGCGUUGCGACUUUCCAAUCUCUUUGGACUCGCUCGAACUAAUCUAAACAUGCGCAGGCGACCAUGAACCAGCGCCCUCGAAGCCCCUCUACAAGAUCAAAUACAAGCCUUUUAGAAUCAAGUCGCGCUGUACAGGCCUCACCUCGAAAGGUACCCUCGAAAGCGGAGCUUACAGUUCCUGAAAGCCUUAUACUUCUCAACAACGUUCCAACGUACGCAGUGAGUAGUUCUGCAAGUCUUCUUAUCCCUACGGCCUACGGAUCAGGUUCAUCAUAUCCUACAAUUGUUGCGUCAAGCUCACCCUCGCGACCCAGAGCUCAUUCUGCAGCGACCAAUCUAGCACCCCCUUCUGUCUAUACGCCUGCCACUUACGCUCUACAUUCUGCGCAAUCCGGCCCAGAUCUUUCAAUGUAUCAACCAGGCAGAUACCCGUCGAGCGGCGACCAAAGGCAAUAUGGCGUCCCAAUUCCACCUCCACCUCCGCAUCCCAUGUCCCCUCCAUCUCAACCGCAUGUGAAUCAGCUGAACGUGAACAAUCUACCACCACCGCCGCCUCGCAAUCCUCCGCAUCUACCUCCUUCACAUCUACCCGGCCCACCACCUCUACCCACAACGAGCUGGCAGCAAUCUCAGCAAACUUGGCUAGUCAACAACAAUAGAUCAUACCCUGGGCCGCCAGCAAACCCCCCUGGCACAAGCCAAUACCAUGCCUACAAUCCCGGUCAACACCAUCAACCUGCGGUGUUAUCGAUAGGCCAGCCUCAAUCAAAUAGUGAGCAGAUGUCAGCAACAUAUAUACCGCGCGGAGAGUCAUUUGGACCUGGCGUUGGGAUACCUGCUUUAGGAUGGAGUAGUCAAGAGAGCUUUAAGGAUAGUGCAGACUUUUCUGCCGUGUCGGAUAGCUCAAGGGGGACACCACUAGAUGAUAGUAGUUAUUAUAAGGAUCGAUCAUAUCCGUCGCAGACACCCCACCGGUUUAAUAAUAUCCAUCUCCCGGAAUAUGAUUCUCCAGGGCCCCCUACAGCAACCUUAAUGAAUCCACAAUUGUCAUCGGCCACCAAUAGAGGCUUGACAGCAACGUCAAACAAUUCACACCAACAUGCGGCCGGUAAUAAUGCGAACACGCCAAUUUCACCAAACGACGCCGGUUCUCAAUGGUCCAUGAAUCGCGUUUUGUUGUGGCUGGCCAACAAUCACUUUUCCAAUGAUUGGCAAGAAACUUUUAAAGCGUUGAAUAUAUAUGGCUCCGUGUUUCUUGAACUAGGCAGUGUUCAUGGUGGUAGAGGUAAUUUCGGGAUGAUGCAUCAGCAAGUAUAUCCACGGCUAGCAAAGGAGUGCUCGAGUAGUGGAACUGGCUGGGACCAAGCUAGGGAGCGGGAAGAGGGGAAAAGAAUGCGGCGUUUGAUCAAGGCUAUUGUGACGGGGAAAAGUAUAGAAGGCAGCAAGUCUUCGCAAAUUCGACGGCAAUCGUCUGCAGCCAAUCUCAUUGCAAGUGCCAGUACGGAGGGCACUAUGGAUAACUCGCUCCAUUUUAGCCGUGGAAAUGGAGUCUCUUUAUCUACACCGAACACAGCAAACGGCGAUGAUAAUGGCGCGGGAAAACAGAUGUUUACAAGUUCCGGACAAGUUUUAGGAACGAGAAGGUUUUCGGGAAGAAGUACCACUAUGCCUAUUUUGAGCAAUAUUAAUACCGCAGAAGAGAACGAUUUCAAUAACAGCCGAAAUGCUCAUCGAAGUGUUUUGAAAAACAUCGAUAACGAAGGCCGGCGGCAUAGCCCGAGCGCCAGUAAUGAACUCAACGAAGGUACUUUCAAGCCACAGCCCCUUCGUUUAGAUGGAAGCCCAAAGAGCGGUAGUCCUGCUGGGACAUAUGCAACGCUUCACACGCCGGUUGGGCAGAAUUUAUCGGCCUCACCUCGCAGCGCCGUUUUUGGCCAUCGAUCAAGCAACAGUACCGAUUCUGUUUCUUCUAGUCAAGCAAUCUACGGAUCUGGAGUACCAUCGGGUGCUAGCCAAGCACUCAGAGGUGGAAUGGGAGGAGCCGUUGGCGAAGUCAACCUUGUAAGAAACCAGGAUAGUCGAAGACAUGGUGUGGAUGUGUCGCGCCCUUCUCCCAUGGAUGGCGAGCGCUCCGCAAGCUCAGAGCAGCCUAGUUCCGCAAAAGAAUCGAAAGGUUUCCUCAGUCACUGGAGGAAGCGACGAGGAAAAGAAGACGGGUUUGCUCCAUCACCAGAAGACCAGAAUCUUGAUUCGCCCACCAGCCCAUCCCUAGGCUUUAAAGCUGCACCUUUCUUGGGUAAUGGGAAGAUUAGCAACUCUAGCGAAACUUCUCUGGAACGACCUUUGUCCACAUUCUCGGCGUCAGAGUAUGAUAAAUUUGCUCACAAAACCGGUUAUCGGGGUGUACGAGCUACAGGAAGAAGCUAUGUACUAGCAACUACAGACGGCUGGAACUUCCGUUUGUGUGAUCUCACGGAAAUCGAUAACGCGCAGGAUCUCAAGGCUACUAUUUGCUCGAACUUAGGCAUUCAUGACUCAGAAUAUACACAAAUUUAUCUCACUGAGCUAGGUAAAAUGGAGCAUGAAGAAGCGCUAGAUGAUCAUAAACUUCUGCUCUGCAAAAAGACCAAAGCUGAUCAGUCUGGCAACCUUAAAUUUUUUGUUCGAGGCCCGGCGAGUUCCGCAAUAUCACUUCCUGCCUCACAAUCCGCCGGUCCGGGUGUGAACUUUACUACCGAAGGGAGUGGAAUUUCGCCUAGUCUGCCACCAACGGCGCCUCUCGAUGAAGAAGCUUAUGCGCAACUCAAUGGAAAUAGAAGACGAUCCAGCUCGUCCCCGCCUACUUCACGGCAGAACACUAUCAAAGGCGGGAGUGCACCUCAAAAAGACCAAUCUGUGGCGGUAGCCGAGACACCAGACGAACUUAAAGAGCGUCUAAUGGCGUAUAGGGCGUCACACCUUGGGGAGAGGGAGAUACCGGAAGCUGAUAGACAAGCUUUUAUAGCAAUGGCAUCAGCAGAACACAAAGCUGAAAUGGACCGGAGGCAGAAAGAAUACCUGGCCAAGAAGAAGGCAAGCAAAGGAACGCCAACCACUGCGGAUGGUCCUGUGGGCAUUGUUGGUCGUAAUGUUGAUUUUGACCAACCGCGCCUCUCGCCUUUCGAAGACAAGAAGCCGGAUAUUCUUUUCCCCCAAAGAAAGGCCCCACCAGUCCCGGGAGAGUCAGCUACUUUGAUUAAAGCCAAUUCUUUGAGCAAGAAAACUGGCCAGCAAGUUCUUCUACCGUGUAGCAGUGUCGAUAGCGAAGGCAAAUAUUUUUCCGGGAGUGACUCUUUGGAAGGACCUGGCAAUAAACGGAAGCCAGUUCCAGCUUCACCUAUAACUCCAGGAGGUAUCGGCGCUGCUCUCUUUGUUAUGGGCAAGGGAUUCUCAACACUAGGCCAUCCAACAAGCACUGUGGCCCCAGCCAAAAAGUCGCCUCCGAUCGACGGGUCGGAGAAUCAUAGCAAAAAUGCUAUGUCGAUGGUCGAUCACGGGAACACUGGAUCUGGUAGGAGUAGCCCUAAAUCGAGUGGCACUCCGGGCAGCGUUACCUGGGGUAAAGGUGAUACACCAUUCAUUAUCCCUGAUUAUGCUGGGGAGGAAGAAAGCUUAUCGGCAAGCAUUUCUAUAUCUUUGACAAAUCCUACUACUGCUGCAAUAGCUAGAAUGAAGGAGGAAGAAAUUCGAAGAGGUCCUUCUCGUGAUAUUAGUCCAAACAGUGCUCAUAUAUCUGAACUCACAGUGCCUGGAAAUCGGAAAUCUUAUGGGCCCAACCUUGACUUCACCGAGGCAAGCGUUGUUUUUGAUAAGCCUCCCCAACAAGUAGAGCAAGACGACUCCGACUCCGACUCCGACUCUGGUUUAUUUAGCAUACCAAUACAAAAGACGCAGAAAGCCAAGGAGAGCGGCAGUGGAGAUAAUACUUCCGGCAUCUCCAAGCGACCGAGUUUGACUGUCAAGACCGCAAGAUCCAAGAAAGGCCUUUCUGUAUCAUGGGGCUCACCUCAACAGGAGAGCUCAUCCUCAUCAAGUCUUUCAAAACUUCCCGAUUUUGACAAUCAACCGAGAGACGAAAACGAGCGGACCGUUGAAGAGACUGAAGAGGAGAAACAGGCAAAAGUACUCCGUAGACGAUCUUUUGCGCGUACCGAUACCUGGGCUCCCAGACCUCCCGAGGAGAAUAUCCUUAAGAAUCUCGAGGACUUUUUUCCUAAUCUCAAUGUGGAUCAACCGAUAAUGGACGAGGGCGUCGGUGGUUCCGCACCAGUUUCUCCUAUCGCAGAACAAGAUACCGUGGAGUCAACUACAGCUACAACGCCUUCCAUGUCUUCGUUAUCAAUCACUGGAUCUUCUAUGCUUUCUACGCCUGGAACAAGCAUUUACGGUGAUGGAGACACUCUCGGGUCCGACGAAUCGACCCUAAAGGCACUUGAAAGACCGGGCUCAACGCAGGGUGUUGCGCAUCGCAGUAUUCGACGCUCUGGUGGUUUAGGCCGAAUGAAGUCAAUCCGUGAAGUGGCAAGAGGAGCGCACGAAGCAAAUAAACGUUAUACCUCAGCUACGGUCGCCCCUGAAAAAGGCGACAAGACUUCAAGCACGAUCCAGCGGCGAAAAAGUACCAAGAUGUUUGGUGCUAAUAUUGUGCAAAUCAAGCCGCAGCGUGGUAGCCUACUCAUUCCUCAAAUCCCACAAGACACAAUACCUAAACGACAAGCUACCUUUCGGUGGUUCAAAGGUCAACUUAUUGGAAAGGGUACAUAUGGUCGUGUUUACCUAGGUAUGAAUGCCACAACUGGAGAGUUUUUGGCAGUCAAGCAGGUUGAAGUCAAUCCUAAAGCUGCUGGAAAUGAUAAAGAAAAGAUGCGUGAGAUGGUAGCUGCGCUAGAUCAAGAAAUUGAUACUAUGCAACAUCUUGAUCAUGCUAAUAUUGUGCAAUAUCUCGGUUGCGAGAGAGGCGAGAUGUCCAUCAGUAUUUUUUUGGAAUAUAUCUCCGGUGGUAGUGUAGGAGGGUGUCUUCGAAAGCAUGGCAAAUUCGAAGAAAUCGUGGUCAGCUCGUUAACUCGCCAAACUUUAGAUGGAUUAGCAUAUCUCCAUCGGGAAGGUAUCCUUCAUCGCGAUCUCAAAGCCGAUAACAUCUUACUCGAUGUGGAUGGAACGUGCAAAAUUUCUGAUUUUGGUAUCUCCAAGAAGUCAGACAACAUCUAUGGUAAUGAUGCAUCCAAUAACAUGCAGGGAUCCGUGUUCUGGAUGGCUCCUGAGGUCGUUCGAUCACAAGGCGAGGGAUAUUCGGCAAAAGUCGACAUUUGGUCACUUGGCUGCGUUGUCCUAGAAAUGUUGGGUGGGAAACGACCUUGGGCCAAGGAGGAAACUGUAGGCGCUAUCUACAAACUAGGAAGUUUGAGUGAGGCGCCGCCGAUUCCAGAUGAUGUUGCUCAGGCAAUCAGCCCUGGGGCUUUAGGUUUCAUGAUGGACUGCUGGACUAUGUAUGUGUCUACUCUUGCCCAACAAUCUACCUUGUUACUAACGCUAUUAUAUAGUAUUCCCAGCGAACGUCCGACAGCCGAGACCCUCCUUACCCAGCAUCCCUUCUGUGAACUGGACACACACUACAACUUUCUGGACACGGAACUUUAUGCCAAGAUUCGCGGCACAUAUUAGUUAGGCAAACGGCAUUUUCACAACACGCAGCCUUUACAAACUACAUCUCAUGAUAACUUAUCAUCUUGAUGAUCUCAAAUUAAUCGGAUUAGGCCGUGCUAAUCUAUCUAUACGUCGUAAACUUCUAUAUUUGCAUGAUUUGAACCCUUUUUAUAAAGCAAGCGUCACGAUUUUGCGGGUGAUAGACUAGCUGUUGGAGAAAAGUGCUGUAUUUGAUACCAUCUCUUUUGUUUGUAUCGUUUCUUUUUAGUGCAUUGGUGCAUGUGUGAGGGAUUCACAAAGGGAUUUACAAAGGAAUUCUUGAAUGGAUGAACUGGUCUAUUUACGGUUUAUAUGAUUGGUCGGCAUUUGAUUGAUAGGAAAGCAAGCGACAUGGUGCGAAGGGUUUUGUAUAUAUAGUUGAUUCUUUCAAAAGAUGUGCUUUACAUGGUUUUUUUUCUUGGGGUUGUAUUUUUUUAAGCAAAUGGCAUGCGUCUAGCUAGGUAUGUCGAUGGUCAAGGAACGGGAGAUGAUAU